UAUUUAGCAUUACAUUUAAGAAGCACUUUUUAGACAAAAAUAUUAUUAGAUAAUACUUUUACAAAAUAAAAAUUAGUUCAAAAGUUUUUUUAAUUAAAAGUUUUAGCUUAUCCCCAAAUUUUAAAUUUGGUUUUAUUCGUAUUUAGUUCCUGAAUUUGAUGACUUCUUUCGUGGCCUUUGGAUUUUUUUUCUAUCUAUAUUAGUAUUAAAUUUUUCGAUAAACUUUGUCCUUUGAACUCGAUUUAUGUAAAAUUAUCGUAUGAAAUUUUUAAGAUUUUAAAUAAUUUUUAAAAUAUUUAAAUAAUUAUAUAUUACAAUUUUAAAGUGUCUAUCGAAAUCUAAGUUGUCAACUCAUGGAUUAAGUAUUGAUUUAUCCAUUUUUGUUUUUCUCCGGUUAAGGGAACAAGCUAGUAGAAGAGCUACGAACAAUUUGAUUAUCAUUUCGAAUCAAAACUUGAAUUUUAGAAGUGAGAUUUAAUCGAAUUAAAAUUCUGGGUUGAGCUCGAAUUUUCUUUAUCCUUCAGAUUUUCUCUGUUCAAUUCAAUUUUGGUUAAUGGAUUGCACUUACAAGAACCCAAAUGCACCCAUAGAGGAUCGAGUCAAAGACCUUCUUUCUCGAAUGACUCUACAAGAAAAGAUCGGUCAAAUGACCCAAAUCGAGCGAAGUGUCGCCACUCCUGCUGAUCUCAAAAGCUUUUCCAUAGGUAGUAUACUGAGUGCCGGUGGAAGUGUGCCAUUUGAGAAAGCAUUGCCAGCUGAUUGGGCUGAUAUGGUGGAUAAGUUCCAGCAGGCAGCACUUGAGUCUCGGCUUGGGAUACCGCUUAUUUAUGGGAUUGAUGCAGUUCAUGGUAACAAUAGUGUUUAUGGUGCCACUAUAUUUCCUCACAAUGUUGGAGUUGGAGCUACUAGAGAUGCAGAUUUGGCUCAAAGAAUUGGGGCUGCAACUGCUCUUGAAGUUAGGGCAACUGGCAUUCACUAUGACUUUGCUCCCUGCGUAGCUGUAUGCAGGGAUCCCAGAUGGGGAAGAUGUUUUGAGUGUUAUAGUGAAGACACCAACAUUGUUCGAAAAAUGACUUCCAUUAUUACAGGUUUGCAGGGAAAACCACCGGCGGACUACCCGAAAGGCUACCCUUUUGUAGCUGGCAGAAACAAUGUCAUUGCAUGUGCGAAGCAUUUUGUUGGAGAUGGAGGCACUGAAAAGGGUAUAAAUGAAGGGAAUACCAUAUUAUCAUAUGAUGAUUUAGAGAGCAUUCAUAUGGCACCAUAUCUGGACUGUAUUUCUCAGGGGGUUUCCACCAUUAUGGCAUCAUAUUCCAGUUGGAACGGACGUCAACUUCAUGCUGAUCGUUUCCUCUUGACAGAAAUUCUAAAAGAUAAACUAGGUUUCAAGGGUUUUGUAAUUUCUGACUGGGAAGCACUCGAUCGACUCACUGAACCUCGAGGCUCAAACUAUCGUUAUUGUAUUUCUACUGCUGUUAAUGCUGGUAUCGACAUGGUAAUGGUGCCUCUCAGAUAUAAACAGUUCAUGGAUGAUUUGACGUUUCUGGUUGAAUCUGGGGAAGUACUGAUGUCCAGGAUAGAUGAUGCCGUUGAACGAAUAUUGAGAGUGAAAUUUGUUUCCGGUCUUUUCGAAUAUCCCUUCUCCGAUAGAUCUCUGCUGGAUAUAGUUGGCUGCAAGCUACACAGGGAACUAGCUCGUGAAGCAGUUCGCAAAUCCUUGGUUCUAUUAAAAAACGGAAAGAACCCUGAAAAUCUGUUUCUUCCAUUAGACCGAACUGCUAAAAGAAUUCUUGUUGCUGGCUCACACGCUGACAAUCUCGGGUACCAGUGCGGUGGUUGGACCAGUACCUGGUUUGGAGGCAGUGGUAGAAUAACAAUUGGCACCACCAUCUUGGAUGCCAUUAGAGAAUCUGCAGGAGACAAAACAGAGGUGAUCUAUGAUGAAUGCCCCUCAACAAACACCUUAGCAGGGCAGUACUCUUUUGCCAUUGUAGUUGUAGGUGAACCACCUUAUGCCGAAACUUUAGGCGACAACAAAGAGCUUGUAAUCCCUUUUAAUGGAAGUGAUAUAAUCAGUUCCGUUGCCGAAAAAAUCCCCACGUUGGCCAUCUUGAUAUCUGGAAGACCCUUGGUUUUAGAACCUCAGGUUUUGGAAAAAGUUGAUGCUUUCAUCGCUGCUUGGUUGCCUGGAACUGAAGGGAGGGGAGUCACGGAUGUUGUAUUUGGAGAUUUUGAAUUUGAGGGUCGAUUACCGAUGACAUGGUUUAGAAGCAAGGACCAGCUUCCGAUGAAUCCCGGACAAAAUUCAUAUGACCCUUUGUUUCCGUUAGGGUUUGGAUUGACAUACAAUAAGGAGAAGAAACCUCAAGAGUAAGCAACUUGUACUCUAUUUAUAGAUCUUUUGUAUAAUGUAUGUAAAUGAGUGUGCUCAAUCACAUUGUCAUUAGAACCCUACUGUUUAGGUGGAAACCCGAUAUUUAUAUUAGAGUUCAAGUAACAUGGAUCAGUUUUAUUACCAUCCCCUAGUGUUUGAAUGUAUGAAAUAAGGUCUAGCUUGCCAUUGGUUGUUGUGGUGGUUAAGAAAAGCUCUGUUUGUAAAAGGUGCUGUGAACAAUGAUGGUUUGUAAUUUAUGUUAGGCAUUUCUAUGAAUAAACAUAUGUUAUGAAAAUUAAUAA